AGCUGACUUGUGUUAAAUAUUAACACACUUCGUUCAUCAAUUCCCUGGUUCACUUGGCUUCUUUUAACAACAGAUGUUAUUACAACAAGUCCACUGCCUUCCACCCUGCUCCUGAUGGUGAAACCCAAGAAUCUGCUGGUGUAACUCUGCCUGCAGAGCCUGGCUCCUACCCCCAUCCUCCUCCCUGGGCUCACCAAUGCUUCCAGCCUCUGGGCUCUGGGAGUAGCUUGGGCUGGGAGCCACCGGGUGCUGAGAGGAGUUGGGUGAAAAAGACAGGGGGGAAAAGAGUGAGGGAAGCCACAGGAAGGUGAGUUCCUGCUAUCAGAGGAAAAAGCAGUCAGCAUGGCCAGCAACUCCAGCACGCUGCCCAGGGUGACUUUCCAGACCCCCGAGAAACCCGGGGAGGAAUCAUCACACAGGAAACUGGGGAAAUUGACCAUCAAGUACAACCGCAAAGACCUCCAGCGCUGGCUGGACCUGGAGGAGUGGAUCAACAACCAGCUGCAGGAGCUGUACCAGUGCCGGCUAAGAGAAGAAACAGAGGAAGCAGCUCCAGAACCACAAAUUGAUCUUGAAGAUCUCCUGGAAGUCCCUAAUGAAGAACAGAAAUUAAAACUACAGGAAAUCCUCCAUGAGUGCUCCAGCCCAACAGAGGAUUUCAUCACGGAACUGCUCAGUCGAUUGAGAGGUCUCCGGAAAGUCACCAAUCCUCAGAAGAAAUGACCUUACCCACACGGAACACCCAGCUUCGGGCACAAGGAAACACACAACUUCCUCACAAAAAAAACCCAAACAAGAUCAGUGACAUCACUUCAGAAUGUUUAGGACUUACUGUUAUUGAGAAACAUCACCAAGUUUGUGAACUUUGUACCGGGGGUUUGAAGUCUCUUCUACUUCCAGACCUAUGCACACAGCAGGGGGAUAAAUUGUGUAUUUUCCUGUUUUUAAAGGGCAUCUUAGCCUGGGAAAAAGGACAUGUCCUUACUUUCAUUUCUUCUAGGAGUUUCCAUGCUGGCUGAGGAGCACCAAAUACAAUUCUCAGGAGCUCAUCAAGGCUUCUUUCUUUCCAUCCACUGCAAGGAAAACAAGGCACUGGUUAUCACUCAUUCAUCAGCGUGGAAGAUCCAGUUACUGUUAAUCUGCACCCUGUGGCAGGCUGGCUGGGACACACCAGUGAUUUCCUGCCUGUUACUGCUGGACUUCACUGCAGCACUGCACCUACUUCUAAGGCUUAUUAAGCCCCUGUUGCUCAUGAAGGCUGGACAGAAAAUACACAGCAGGAGGGAAGAAAAAUGCUCAAAUGCACCCAGUCUACCUAAGGGGAAGUUAGUGAAACAGCUGCUAAGGAUGAGAGAUUUAUUCUUCC